GACACGUCCGCCGGGGCGAGCGGCGGGGCCGGGCCGGGCGCUGCGGCGCCAUGAAGGACUGCGAGUACCGGCAGAUCCCCCCCGGGGCAGCGGCUCCGGGACCGGGCACGAUCGUCUCGUCGCCUCCAGCAGCCUCCUGCCCGGAGCGGCCCGGUGCGGCCCGGCGUCCCCGGCGGAAGUGGGAGGUGUUCCCGGGCCGCAACCGCUUCUACUGCGGCGGCCGCCUCAUGUUGGCGCGGCACAGCGGCGUCUUCGCCCUCACCCUCGGCCUCAUCUUGGUCACCAGCGGCCUCUUCUUCGUCUUCGACUGCCCCUUUCUUGCUCAUCACCUCACCUUGGCCAUCCCCAUCAUUGCAGCCAUCCUCUUCUUCUUUGUCAUCAGCUGCCUGCUCCAGACAAGCUUCAGAGACCCGGGAAUCCUGCCCAGAGCCACCCCGAGUGAGGCUGCAGACCUGGAAAAGCGGAUCGACAGCAUGGGUACCUCUACCUAUCGCCCGCCGGCCCGCACGAUGGAAGUGGUCAUAAAUAAGUAUGUGGUGAAACUCAAGUACUGCUACACCUGCAAAAUGUUCCGCCCUCCACGCACCUCUCACUGCAGUGUCUGCGACAACUGUGUCGAGAGGUUUGAUCACCACUGCCCCUGGGUGGGCAACUGCGUGGGGAAGCGCAACUAUCGCUACUUCUACGCCUUCAUCCUCUCCCUCUCCUUCCUGACAGCCUUCAUCUUCGCUUGCGUCGUCACCCACCUCACUCUGCGCUCUCAGAGAGAUGGAUUCCUCACCACUCUGAAGACGACACCUGCAAGUGUGCUGGAGCUGGUGAUUUGUUUUUUCUCAGUCUGGUCUAUUUUGGGCCUCUCAGGUUUUCACACUUAUUUAGUCGCCUCCAACCUGACGACAAACGAAGAUAUCAAAGGGUCCUGGUCAAAUAAGAGGGGCUCAGAGUUUGCCAAUCCCUACAGCCAUAAAAGUAUCCUCACAAACUGCUGUGCGGUGCUCUGUGGACCAUUCCAUCCCAGUUUGAUAGACAGAAGAGGAUUUAUCCAGCCAGAUGUUGGGACCCCAUCCAGUCCUAAGAGUGAAAUCCCUUCAUUUGGAACCAAAACUGACACCAGCAUGGUAGGAGGCAUUCCCUAGCAGUGCCGUGACGUAGCCCAGUGCCUGCUGUGCCUGCACCUUGCUCCAGCCAGUACCUUUCCUCUUACCACCUCCCCAGCCUCAGGCGGGACAGCCCUGCGAUGCAGAGCUGCCAGAGACUCAGCUGAGCCACAUGUUGCCUUUUUUUCUAUUAAUUUAUUAAUUUUUUUUUUGUUUAUUUGUUUCACUGUGAUGUGGGCUGUCUGGACUUUUGACUGAUAGAGCCCAACAGCAUGCAAGACCCUCAGGCUCGUGCAGAAAGCUGGGGGGACCCUGCUGCACCUGAGAAGCAAAUAGGUCUGGGGAGCCACCAGACCUCUGAGCAUCCGCUCCAGGGGGGUGCUGCGUUUCCUGCUGGGAGUAAUGAGGUGGGCCAAGGGUGGGAGGUGGGGACUGGCAAACAAUUCCCACUCUGAGCUGGUCUGUCACACCUUGCCUUCUGGGCUGGUGGAGGCGUAAGUUCCCUGGUAUCCCUGUUGUCGCUGUGAACACGUCCUGCUCCCUGUGCCGAUGUGGAAGGGCUGUUUUGUCUCUUAAUGGCCGGGUUCUCACCUUGGCCACUGCCAGAGCGGCUUUUCUUUUCCAGAAGCUGCUGUGCCUUGGUAAGUUGGGGUUGUUCAGCUGGGAGGACUCUGGCUCCCAGCAGAUGUGGAAGCUAGCUAGGUGUCCCAGCUACUGUUGAUCCUAUUUUCUGGCCGGUCACUGAGGGGUGCUGAAGAAUUUGUGUUUUGGCCCUGCCAGUCAGUAAGACAAUGUUUUGCAGCAAGGACACAAGUUAGGAUGACCCUUCUUUUAAUGGGGAAGAAGAAACAUGCAGCCUUCUGUGGAUCUCAUCAUGAGAUGCUGGUUGGCAAGGCUACAGUUGUAAGAUUUGGGAAUGUUAGCUUGCCAGGAAAGCCUGGUUUUGUCCUGUCUGUAGGAGACCAAAAAGCAACAGAAAAACAAGUGAAUUCCUGAGGGUCGCACCCUUCCCAGGUGGAGUUUCACAGAGGAAGCAGUGAGCGGUUGCUGGUCUCUGAUAACCUUAUCUUGUGCUCUUGGUUUGGGUUUCUGGCCGGCAGAUGAGAGCAGGGCUGUCCCCGGCACCGCAGGAGCGAUCCCCGUGUGCCUGGGCUCAUCCCUGAGCAUCGCUCUGUCCCUGCGGAGGCACGGGAGAGCCGGGCUGGGCCGCCAGCCCUGCGUCGCUGACACAGGAGUGUGCCUAGGGGAGAGCCACAGACCUUGUUAGCAAUACUUGAAUCAAGUUAUUAAAAGCUGCUGGAUAUUUUUUGCACAAUUUGUAGAUUUUUGGGUUUUUUUCUACAUAAAACAUUUUAUAUUCGAUGCAGGUAGCGUUGUGCGUGUUAGCACCAGGGCAGAGGCUUGCAGCGGUUUGUGUCAAGCUGCCUGGUUAGGUUUCCGUGGGUCAGAUGAAUGUAUUUCAUCCUCGGGCAGAGGCAGCACACUUACGGGGCAGCCUGUCCCCACUGAACUCACCAGCGUCGCGCUUUGCGCACCGUGGGCGACUCCGCAGCCCGCACGCAGCUUCGGGGCGCGCUGGGGGACGGUGGAGGCACAAGGUUCCCCCGGCCUUGCGUUUCUGGGCGGCCGCACAGAGCUCUCGGUGCACUUGCUGUGGCCACCUCCACCUGCCCCUCGGCGAAGAGGUGAGAGCACGGCGGAGGCGGCUGAAUUUCUGCCGCAUCCCGGCAGAUGGCUCUCGCUGCCCGGGGAGGCUCCCGGUGCUGCUCUGCCAGCUGCCCCGGCCCUGCAGCUUCGUGCCACCUCACGGGCCAGGCGCUUUAGCACAUUGCCCGUGUUUCAUCCGGAGAGGCCGCCCUGCCCGUCCCUCCCCGCUCCUCCCGCAGGGAUGUCCCCAGCGGGGCUCGUCCCUGCCCUUGAGGAGCCUCGACGCUACCUCCUCGGGGCAGGCGUGGGGCCGGGACGAGCCGAGCUGUGCUGAGCGGGUCUGGUGCUGGGGCGUGAGGAGGAGUGGGGGGGUGUUAUCAGGGGCCAAACUCCUUCCUGUUAUUAUUUAAACCAGUUUACUUUGUUACUCAACAAUAAAAUUAUAUUUUUUAAAGAG